AUGGCUAGAAAAGGAUUAAUUAAUAAUCCAAAAACUUUAAAUAAUGAGCAAAGAAAUCAAAGGACACAUGGCCAAUCUUUUAUUUCCAACAAUUCCAAAGACAAAUUAUCAUGUAAUUUUUUAACUCCCAAGGUGAUUAUAGAAAAACUGUCACCUAUUAAAAUAAUGCCUUCAGUUUCAAAAAGACAAAGAAUUCACAAUAGAAUUUCUAAUUAUAAAAGUGGUACUAAUGAAAAACAGCAAUUACAAUAUGAUUCUUGUCUUAGUCAUUCCUUGAAUGGCAAAUCUAUAAAAGAUGCUGUCAUAGAAAGUUUGAAUAUUUCAGUUCAAGAAGACAAACUUAGUACACAAUAUUUUCAAUCUCUUUUAAAUAAAGAAACAAAUAGAUUAAAUAAAUUGUGUGAAAAAUGGAUGAAAAUUAAAACAGCACCUGGCAUUCCAAAAGAUGGGCAGUAUCAAAUAAACCAAGCUAUUGGAGAAGGAGAAAUGUUAGUUACAUGUGAAGAUUUGCAGGGAUUUUGGGAUAUGACAUAUAUGGAAGUAAAAAAUUGUGAUUCACGAUUUGAUAAAUUGGAGAAACUUUGUUCACAAGAUUGGAAAGAAGAGGAGUUGCCUAUAGCAGUUUCUAAAAAAAAGACUAUUGUUAGAAAGAAAGUUGUAUCUAAUAAAACAAGUUCUAUUAGAGCUUUCUUAGCAGAAAAAAAAAAGAAAAUUGCAGAGAAAAUAGGAAAUGAUGGUGAUACAAAUAAACUUCAAUCUAAUAUAAAUCAAGUAGUAAAUAAUAGAUCAAAAAAUGACAGAAGCCACAGUCCAAAGCGUAAAACAAAAUCUAUGAUCAUUGGUCCUAGUGAAAAUAAAACUACACAUAUGCAACGUGAUAAAAGAUUAAGUUUAAUUCAAAAGAAACAAUUAUCCGAAAGAUCAAAAAAAAUAGAUAGUCCAUUAACAUUAAUGAAAAUAAGUCAAAUGUCUAAAACACCAAGAGUUCAAUUAUAUAAUUUUAAAUCCUAUGUUAAGUCUAAUCAAACACCAGGAAAGAGUAUAUUGAAAAAAAGUACAAUAUCCACUAAAGUACAAUAUCCAGAGGUUAAAAAUGAAGUUAAUUUUGAUGAUCAUAUAAUUUUAAAUGAAGUGUCAAUUGAUGAAAAGACUCAAACAAAAAAGGAUUUAGAUGUAGUAAUAUCAAAAGCUAAUAGUUCUGAUGCAGAUUCCUUUGGUAAAGUAUCAGUUAAUGUGAAAAAGAAACUUGCCUUUGAAGAUAAUAGUUUUGAAAAACCAAUAUUUAAUAUGGAACAAAACGAGGUAAAGGAAAGUCCUACAAAUAAAAAGAUUUAUAAAUUACCAUAUAUAUGCAUACAACCAGUAAUACCAUUACAGGAAUCAAAUGAAAAUCUUAUUAUACCACGUAGGAGUACUAGGAGACAAAAUAUUGAUUAUGAAUAUACUCAGACGAUAAAUCAAAUUUCACCAUUGAACACAAAUAUUUCCAUGUUAUUUGAAGAAACUACAAAUGACAUAGAUUUAAGUGUAUCGGAAAAAGAAAUACAAAAAAACGUUUCUGUAACUGGAAAGGAAAAAAUAGACGAAUAUAAUAACAGCAUAAGAGUUUUGAGAAAUAGAACUAUUACUUCAAUGGAUACUCCUAUAAAUAAAAGAAGAUCUAGAAAAAAGUCCAUCAAUAUACAAGAUGUAAAGGAUAAAGAAAAUAAAACUCCUUUAUCGAGAAGAAGAACAAUGAAUGCUUUUCAAGAUAAUGUUGAUGAUAAUGAAAGGAUGGAUACAGGUAGUUAUGAUGAUAUUACAUAUUUUGAGAAAGAUAGGAGAAGAAGAUCAACUAGAUGUAUAAAAUUUUCAGUAAAAGAAUGCUCUGUCUGUAAUCCAAAUAAACCGGUCCUACCUGUAACUCCCUAUGUUAGAAGAAGUAAAGCACAUUCGAACAACAAAAAAGAGAGUAAUACAUAUACAGAAGACUGUGUUUCUUUGAAAGUGCAAGAGAAGUCUUUGGAAUAA